CAGGAUAUAUAGAGCAGGCGAGUUUGUUACAGUUAGACUAUCCAAUCCAAAGGACACCGCUCAGAGGAGAAAGCCACUGAAUCUGUGCCAGAAUGAAAAUCCCAGACAUGAAAACAUCUCAAGGCUGCUACAGCUGCUUUUGGAGACAGACAGGAUGUGGAUGACAAACAUUGUCGCUCUUUGUCUGCUGGCCCUCCUGGCCUCUGCAGAGGAAAAGAAGUUGAGCAGCCAUGCAACCACGCUGGCAGAUAACAGCGCCAAUCUGGCCUUCAGCCUGUACCACAACAUGGCGAAGGACAAAGACACGGAGAACAUCCUCAUCUCUCCGGUGGUGGUGGCGUCCUCUCUGGGGAUGGUUGCUCUUGGAGGGAAGUCGUCGACAGCCUCCCAGGUCAAAACUGUCCUCAAGGCGGACACACUCAGGGAUGAGCAUCUUCAUGCAGGCUUGUCCGAGCUGCUCUCAGAGGUGAGUGAUGCAAAGACACGCAACACAACCUGGAAGAUCAACAACCGCCUCUACGGGCCCAGCUCCGUCUCUUUUGCUGAUGAGUUUGUGAAAAACAGCAAGAAACACUACAACUAUGACCACUCAAAAAUCAACUUCAGGGACAAGAGGAGUGCUGUGAACUCCAUCAACGAGUGGGCGGCCAAGUCAACCGGUGGCAAGCUGCCCGAGAUCACCAAGGAUGUGCAGAACCCUGAUGGAGCCAUGAUCGUCAACGCCAUGUUUUUCAAGCCCCACUGGGACGAGAAGUUCCAUGACACAAUGGUUGACAAUCGUGGUUUCCUGGUGACGCGCUCCUUCACUGUUUCAGUUUCCAUGAUGCAUCGUACAGGUCUGUAUAACUUCUACGAGGACACAGAGAACAGACUCUUUGUGUUGGACAUGCCUCUGGGACAGAAGCAGGCCUCCAUGAUCUUCAUCAUGACGUACCACCUGGAGCCCCUGGAACGCCUGGAGAAACUCCUGACCAGAGCUCAGGUGGACACCUGGAUCAGCAAGCUGGAGAACAGAGCCGUGGCCAUUUCCCUCCCCAAAAUCUCAGUGGAAGUCAGCCACAACCUGCAGAAACAUCUUGCCGACCUUGGCCUGACUGAAGCCGUGGACAAAGCCAAAGCUGACCUGUCCAACAUCUCCGGAAAGAAGGACCUCUACCUCUCCAACGUCUUCCACGCAUCUGCCUUUGAGCUGGACGUGGCAGGAAACCAGUUUGACACCAGCAUCUUUGGCUCUGAGAAACUGAGGAACCCUAAACUUUUCUAUGCCGACCAUCCAUUCAUUUUCCUCGUCAGGGACAACAAGACCAAGUCCAUCAUGUACAUUGGCAGAGUAGUUAGGCCUAAAGGAGAUAAGAUGCGUGAUGAGCUAUAAUGUUAAUGUGGUCAGUCGUGUUGAAUAGCUUUGUUAUUUGUGAAACUAUGGCAGGAAACUGUACAUGUGUGAGACUGUCUUUAGGGUCUGACUGUUACCUCCAGAGCACAUUCCAACAUAUUCUGAGUAUCUGAGCUUACCUUUUGUUUUUUAAACUCUUAAUCUACCCAGGGAACAACUGUUGUCACAACGUGGGAGCUCAGCUUUAAAACCCCCAAUGAUUAGUCCAAGUUACAAUCUCAGUAUGUGCCUUAUUUCUAUUUAUGCAAACAAUAGUUGGCACAGCAGACAACAUGCUUAUAUUAAGUAUGACCCUCUUUACACCUUCUUUUGCCAGUAUUGGUUUGGCUAUGAUCCACUUGUGUUUUCUUGCAUUAUCUUUAAUGUUUAAAGAAAAAGAUCUCUGCACAAGCUUCCUUAACAGUUCUUUCUCACUUCUUCACUCCUCCUCACAUCCCCAGAUAUUUCUUUGCCUCCAGUCUGCACUGAAAUGUUCCCCUGCAUGAGCUGAGCUUGCAGAGGAAAGGCGGCAAAUUGAUCUGGUGCCUCAUUUAUUUUAAGUGCCAGCCAUACUGUGUCAUGUUGUUGCUGUUGAUAUUUUCACAAAGAAGCUGUUGGAAACGUGUGGUUCUGUAAUAAUGUCUUGAUUUUUAAAUAAAAAGGAAGAAACUGA